CCCACGCCCAGCCUGCAUUACCUUUUCUAUGUUUAGAUAUGUUUUCACACACAGAUACCUUUGUGUUACGGCUGCCUUCAGUAUUCAGGGCAGUAACGUGCUGUACAGGUUUGUAGCCUCGGAGUCGUCUGCGCCUGGGGAGCCUGGGCGUGUAGUAGGCUGUGCCGUCUAGGUUUGCGUAAGUGUGUUCUGUGAUGUUCUCACGGUGAUGAAGUCACCUAAAGACACAUUUCUCAAUAUAUCCCCCUCGUUAAGCAUCACAUGACUGUAUAAGCAAAUGGAUGUGUAGAUGUUUUAGGCUUUUUAUUAUGGAACUUUUUAGACCUAUUCAAAAGUAGAUGUGGUGGCAUAAUGAACACCAUCACUUGUCCCCAGCACUAUCGGUUUUCUCCCCAUGGCCGGUCUUGUGCCAUCUGCACCUCCACUGCUCCCCACCCCGUCUGCAGUUAUUUUGAAGCAACUCUCAGACAUACUUCAUCUGUGAUUAUUUCAGUUAAUGUAAAUAUUCCAGUCAAUAAAUAUCCAGUCAACGUGUAGAUUUCUUAGUUCAAAUUGGGAACCAAAUAUGGUCUAUUCAUUGCUCUUGGUAGAUAAUCUCUUCAGUCUCAGUAUAUUGAUUUCUCUUCCAUGUCUUUAUUUUUCUCUUGCAAUUAAGUUUUGAAGAUAACGGUUCAUUUGUCCCAGUGUUUCCCAUAACCUUGUCUUGCUGAUUGUAUUCUUAUGGUGAUGUUUAAUGUGUCCCUCUGUCCCCUGCAGUUCCUGUCGUUGGCAUUUAAGAUCUAGAGCUGCUGGCUGCUGCUGUCCAGUGUGACGUCCACCAGCCACGUGUGGCUCUUGAGCACUGAGACGUGCAGGCAGUUCCGGCGAAGGGGGAGCCGAAGCAGGAUUGCUGCGUGAAGACCGAGCUGCUGCGAGAAGAGAUAUCUAUGGCUGCCGAUGAAGGUUCCGCAGAGAAGCAGGCGGGAGAGGCCCACAUGGCCGCAGACGGCGAAACCAACGGGUCUUGUGAAAAAAGCGAUGCCAGCAGUCACCUGAAUGCAGCGAAACACACUCAGGAGAGCACAAAAGUCAGCCCACAGGAAGGUACCAAUAAACUAACCCGAAUAGCAGAAAAUGGGAUUUCAGAAAGAGACACAGAAGUGGGAAAGCAAAACCAUGUCCCAACCGACGACUUCGUGCAGACUUCUGUCGUGGGCAGCAACGGAUUCUUCCUGGGUAAAGCGGGCCUGCAGGGGCAGCCCACGAGGACUAGCGGCGCACUGGCCUCCUCGCUUCCUGGCCAUGCUGCAAAAACCCUUCCCGGAGGGGCUGCCAAAGGCAGGACUCCAAGCGCUUUCCCCCAGACGCCCGCCGCAGCAUCGCCUGUGCUCGGGGAAGGGAGUGUGGACGCAGAGGACAGGAAGCCCCCCGCCCCCGGCGCCGAUGUCAAAGUUCACAGGGCACGCAAGACCAUGCCGAAAUCCAUCAUGGGCCUGCAUGCGGCCGGUAAGGACCCCAGAGAAGCUCGAGACCACAAGGAACCAAGAGAGGAGAUCAGCAAAAGCGUUUCUGACUUUGGACGACAGCCGCUCUUAACGCCCUUCCCGUCCCUUCAUCAGUCGCUACCUCAGAACCAAUGCUACGUGGCCACCACGAAGUCACAGACAGCUUGCUUGCCUUUUGUUUUAGCAGCUGCAGUAUCUCGGAAGAAAAAACGAAGAAUGGGAACCUAUAGCCUGGUUCCCAAGAAAAAGACCAAAGUGUUAAAGCAGAGGACGGUGAUUGAGAUGUUUAAGAGUAUCACUCAUUCCACUGUGGGUUCCAAGGGUGACAAGGACCUGGGGGACAGCACCCUCCACGUGAACGGGGAGAGCCUGGAGAUGGACUCGGACGAGGAAGACUCCGAGGAGCUGGAGGAGGACGAAGGGCACGGGGCAGAGCAGGCAGCCGCCUUCCCCACUGAGGACAGCAGGACGUCCAAGGAGAGCAUAUCGGAGACUGACCGCGCCCAGAAGGUGGACGGGGAGUCUGAGGAGGAGCCAGAGUCCGCCGACACUGGGGAGGAAGAGGAAGGCGGUGACGAGUCUGACUUGAGCUCUGAAUCCAGCAUCAAGAAGAAGUUUCUCAAGAGGAAAGGGAAGACCGACAGCCCCUGGGUCAAGCCCGCUAGGAAAAGGAGGCGGAGAAGCAGGAAGAAGCCCAGCAGCGCACUGGGUUCUGAGGCUUAUAAGUCGUCUUCGGGAAGCACAGAGCCCACGGCGCCAGGCGGCAGCACAGGGUAUGUGGAAGUUUCUCUGGACUCCCUGGAGCUGCGCGUCAAAGGGAUCCUGUCCUCGGGAGCUGAAGGGCUGGCCGACGGUCCGGACGCGCCGGAGACGGACGGCCUCCAGGAAGUGCCUCUCUGCAGCUGCCGGAUGGAAACGCCGAAGAGCCGAGAGAUCAGCACCCUGGCCAACAACCAGUGCAUGGCUACCGAGAGUGUGGACCAUGAACUGGGCCGGUGCACCAACAGCGUGGUCAAGUACGAGCUGAUGCGCCCGUCCAACAAGGCGCCCCUCCUGGUGCUGUGUGAAGACCACCGGGGCCGCAUGGUGAAGCACCAGUGCUGUCCUGGCUGCGGCUACUUCUGCACAGCGGGUAAUUUCAUGGAGUGUCAGCCCGAGAGCAGCAUCUCCCACCGUUUCCACAAAGACUGUGCCUCGAGAGUCAACGGUGCCAGCUACUGCCCCCACUGCGGGGAGGAGACCUCCAAGGCCAGAGAGGUGACCAUAGCGAAGGCGGACACCACCUCCACAGUGACGCCGGUGCCCGGGCAGGACAAAGGCUCGGCCCUGGAGGGCAGGGCUGACACCACCACGGGCAGCGCGGCUGGGCCACUGCUGGAUGACAAGCCGCAUGGCACAGGCCCCCAGGCGCCUGAGGGCUUCGAUCCGUCGGGACCCGCUGGGCUCAUCCGGCCGACUCCGGGCCUUUCCCAGGGACCAGGGAAGGAGACCUUGGAGAGCGCCCUGAUUGCUCUGGACUCGGAGAAGCCCAAGAAGCUUCGCUUCCACCCGAAGCAGCUGUACUUCUCCGCCAGGCAGGGGGAGCUGCAGAAGGUGCUGCUCAUGCUGGUUGAUGGCAUCGACCCCAACUUCAAGAUGGAGCACCAGAGUAAGCGCUCGCCCCUGCACGCCGCAGCGGAGGCCGGCCACGUGGACAUCUGCCACAUGCUGGUCCAGGCGGGCGCCAACAUCGACACCUGCUCGGAGGACCAGAGGACCCCGUUGAUGGAGGCAGCGGAAAAUAACCACCUGGAUGCAGUGAAGUACCUCAUCAAGGCUGGGGCGCAGGUGGACCCUAAGGAUGCAGAAGGCUCCACGUGUUUGCACUUGGCUGCCAAGAAAGGCCACUAUGACGUGGUUCAGUAUCUGCUCUCGAAUGGACAGAUGGAUGUCAACUGCCAGGAUGACGGAGGCUGGACGCCCAUGAUCUGGGCCACUGAGUACAAGCACGUGGACCUCGUGAAGCUGCUGCUGUCCAGGGGCUCGGACAUCAACAUCCGGGACAACGAGGAGAACAUCUGCCUGCACUGGGCCGCGUUCUCCGGCUGCGUGGACAUAGCCGAGAUCCUGCUGGCUGCCAAGUGCGACCUGCACGCCGUGAACGUCCACGGAGACUCGCCCCUGCACAUCGCCGCCCGGGAGAACCGCUACGACUGCGUCGUCCUCUUUCUUUCUCGGGAUUCAGAUGUCACCUUAAAAAACAAGGAAGGAGAGACGCCCCUGCAGUGUGCGAGCCUCAACUCCCAGGUCUGGGGAGCCCUGCAGAUGAGCAAGGCACUGCGAGACUCGGCCCCCGACAAGCCCGUCCCCGUGGAGAAGACGGUGAGCAGAGACAUUGCUCGAGGCUACGAGCGAGUCCCCAUCCCCUGUGUCAACGCGGUGGACGGGGAGCCGUGCCCCAGCAACUACAAGUACGUGUCGCAGAGCUGCGUGACCUCCCCGAUGAACAUCGACAGGAACAUCACCCACCUGCAGUACUGCGUGUGCAUCGACGACUGCUCCUCCAGCAACUGCAUGUGUGGCCAGCUCAGCAUCCGCUGCUGGUACGAUAAGGACGGCCGGCUGCUGCCGGAGUUCAACAUGGCGGAGCCGCCCCUGAUCUUCGAGUGCAACCACGCCUGCUCCUGCUGGAGGAACUGCCGGAACCGCGUGGUGCAGAACGGGCUCAGGGCAAGGCUGCAGCUCUUUCGGACGCGGGACAUGGGCUGGGGCGUGCGGUCCCUGCAGGACAUCCCACUGGGCACCUUUGUCUGCGAGUACGUCGGGGAGCUCAUCUCCGACUCGGAAGCCGACGUUCGGGAAGAAGACUCUUACCUUUUUGAUCUCGACAACAAGGACGGGGACGUCUACUGCAUCGACGCGCGCUUCUACGGCAACGUCAGCCGCUUCAUCAACCACCACUGCGAGCCCAACCUGGUGCCCGUGCGCGUGUUCAUGUCCCACCAGGACCUGCGCUUCCCCAGGAUCGCCUUCUUCAGCGCGCGCCCGAUCGAGGCCGGGGAGCAGCUGGGGUUCGACUACGGGGAGCGCUUCUGGGACAUCAAGGGCAAGCUCUUCAGCUGCCGCUGCGGGUCCCCCAAGUGCCGGCACUCGAGCGCGGCCCUGGCCCAGCGACAGGCCAGCGCGGCCCAGGACGCCCAGGAGAACGGCCUGCCGGACACCAGCUCUGCCGCCGCCGCCGACCCUCUAUGAGCCGCCGGGGCAGCGGGGUGCUCGGGAGCCACUGUCGGAGCGGUUGGGAGAGGAGGGGACUCCGCACCUGUUGCCUGGAGGUCCUGCUUAGGGGCUGUGCCGCUGGCUCCCGGAGGGGUCAGGGGUGAGGCGGCAAGUCCCGCGGGCGGUGUGGACACCUCCCAGACCUGGGGCCUCGCACCUGGGCCAGGUUCGGACGGACGGACGCCUGGGACGGCCGUGCAGCUUUGGAAGAGGCUGGGAUUCCCCGUCGGCGGAACCGUGUGAGUCUGAUGGUGGCUUUGUUGUUGCAAAGUACCUUGUUUCUCCCUCUGAUCUCCGAGGUCCCUGCGCCACCGCUGGGCCGGUGUGUUCUCCUGUCUGGGCCAGACUGUUCUGCGUGUCGCCUGCCAAAGCCGCCGUCGCCGCGAGCUGCUCCGUUAGGCCGCCUGCCCUCCCUCGCCCGCGCAGAGGACGCCUCUCCGCCGCGGCCUUGGAGAGGUCAGGGGCCGAGCCCACCACUAACUUUGGAGAAAACGUGGGUUUGCUUUUUAAAGGAAUCCUAUAUCUAGUCCUAUAUAUCAAACCUCUAACUGACAUUUGUUUUCAAGAAAGCGGUUUGGUGGGUGCAGGCGGACCCCGCACCGGCCCGCCAGUUCUGCUGAUGCUGGCACCUUCUGUUGAUUUUUUUUAAGCCACAUGCUAUGAUGAUGCAUAAACUGAUUUAUUUUCUACCAUUAUGAACAUUAGGACAAACAAAAAAUAAAAAACACAAAACACAGACAACGGUGCUGAUUCUGGUGUGGUUUCUACUCACCACGUGAAAAUAAACUAUCAACUGUAUAAAGAGAACAAAGUGAUUUUAGAAUAAAAUGCAGGAAAAAAACUUUUUUUAAAAUAUUAGUCUUGUAGUGUGAAUAAAUUUGCCGUCACCUUUUGUGUGAGGGCCAGGCAGGUCAUACCCUUUUUUUUGGCAUAUACCUUUUUAAAUACUGUAAUUAGUGCAGUAACAGUGGGGUUUUUUUGUGCGACUCUUCUAAAACAUUCAUAAUGCAGCCAUGUUUAUUUUUUUCUGUUAAAAUGUUUUGACGGUUUUAAGAGCAAUCUUUUGGCUCCGACCAUUUCUUGUUCUGUUUUCAAUGAAAUCAAUAAAAAAAAAAGAAGUACUUUAAA